GACCCUAAAACAAAGCAUGGCAUCGGCGCAUUCACUUCGUUGUAGCUAUAUGCUGAUGCAUUGAAUUUGAAUUGAUAAGAAAAAAAUAUGGACGAGCGAGCACCAACCAACAAACAAACAGCCCAACACAAGCGCCCUAAACACUGCGCUGAGCAUGUAUGUGUACGUGUGUAUGCGCGAUAGUGAGAGCAUUUCACAUUUCUGUUUUGAUGGCAAACGCAACGACCAACCAACCGACCAGCUCUCUCCGUGAAGCCGUUACUCUCCGGCUAGCUCGGUGAAAAGUGUCACAGAGCACACUUCGUAGAAAAUAUAACGUCGUUCGGGUGGUUUCCGUUUCGUCAAGAACUCAAUGUUCUUUCUAGUCAGUUGUUCGGAAAGCGUGAAACGUGUUAAUUCUUGAUAUAUUGUUGGAUGAAGUAACGCAGAGCAGGCGACCAGCACGAAAAAUAAAACCAAGGAAAAUCAGACACGGCUGGCUGUGUGUGCGUGCGUGUGUGUGUGCUUGUUAUUUCAUUGUUCGCUAGCUGCGCUCAAGUAGAAUUAUUGUGGGGAAAAGAAAAAAACAUCCCGCACACAAUUAAAAGAAGAACAAAACGCUUGGUGGGGAUACCCCGACCGACCCAUAGAACGAAAACUUUAAUAAAUUCGUCAUUUCUGCUACAGUUGUUAUUAUUUAAAUAAAUGAAAUUAAAAAGUGUUUUGUUUUUUGACGUUUUGUAAUGCUGUCAAUGAAGUGGAGUUAAAAUUUGAUGAUGCAUUCAAUUUCAAUGUUCUUAUCAUAGACAGAAAACUUUUUACAUAAAAGCCUACAAACAGCAGCAGGUCUUAUCGUCGACCACAGUAUUAAGAAAAAAAUCAAAUAAUACCUAUAGGCCUACGCACCUACCCAGCAUGAAGAACUCAACAAAUAUGAAUAAUAACCCGUGCAACAACAAUGUCACGGUGACCACAGCGCCAAAUAAGGUGGAGAAAGUGAUGUUCGACAAUCGCAUCAAACGAAAAAAUGUCCUGGCUUUGAAUGAAAAAGUUGCAGCUAUACGGGAAUAUGAGAAACGUCCGAUCUACAAACGCAUUGGACGCAUGUUCCAGUGCAGUCCGGAUCAAAUAAAACGUAUAGUCCAACAAAAAGAGACCAUCCUUAAGGCUUGGGAACAGAGGACACGUAAGAGUCGCGAUGCCAAGACACUGGAAAUGAAGGUGGUACGUGUCUCUAUGCUGGGCAAGGCGGUAUAUGAGUGGAUACGACGCAUGAUGUACUACAAAGAUAUACUCAUAACCGAUGGACUGAUUCAAAAAAUGGCCUUGCAGUUUAAAAGUGCAAUGGGUUUGCAGAAUUUUUUCCCGCACAAAGAAUGGUGUGACAAAUUUCGGGCCACCUAUAAAAUUCACACAUGUGAUAGCAAAUCCUUGAACAUUGGUUAUUCGCAAGGACAUUCGGUGCAGAUCAAGGAUGUUAUGAAAGAUGUCCUCUCAGAGUGUAGUCCCAGCGAGGAAGAUGAAGAAAAUGGUAUUUUGUCAAAUGAUGAUUGUGUUAGCAUCGAUAGUAGUGAUAUGGAUGGCGAGAUAAGGACUCAAAAGAAUCGCAAUAACAACAACAACCACAAUAACAAUAAAGCAGUCGUUCUGCCCACCACUUCAUCGACAAUGAAAGGAAUGCAUCAGCUGGUGGCAUUACCAAUACAAGCUAAUGGCAUACCAGGCAUUGGACAAAAGGUAUUGGUAGCAACACCAAUCGUACCACCUGGACAAAAACAAGGUUCUGGUCCGAUGACAAUGACAAUUAUACCAUUGACAAGUCUGGGUCAAGCUUCGCUAAACAACAACAAUUUGAAUGCAAGUAACGUUGUUGCAGCAUUGAGCAACACCGCAUCAGCUGCUUCCAGUUUCAAUUCCAGCUCGAACAACAGAAAUGUCCAGCAAAACAAUGAUGAUAUUAGUGUACCAAAUCCCAUAAUUGAAAUCAAACAAGAAAUCAAGGAAGAACCCAAGGAUGAAGAAUUUUUGGAAGAAAAAAGGGAUGAAAUCUCGAAACCCUCGGCAGAAACAGAAACACCAAUCACAAUUAAAAAGGAAUAUGUUACAGACGAUGAGGAAGAAUUGCCGUUGGCUGUAAGUAAGCCUCCAAUAGCAAAUUUGCCUACCCUGUUGCCGGCUCAUGUUGUGGCAAUUCCUUUGCACAACAGGGAUAUGCUGGAAGAGUCCUCCAAAGAUUCACUAGACGAUUUAACUCUGUCAUCGUUGCGUAAACGCAUCAAGACCGAGAAAGUCUCCGAAGAUGAGGAAACAAAUGAAAAUCAAAAGGAUCAACAGAUGGGCGGGUCAGAAAGCCCACAGCAACAAACACGAGAGCCAAUCACCAGAAGCAGAACAGAUUUGCCUCCCCUUACAAAAGCGCCAAUUUUUCAUGAUUCCACAAUUAAGUCUACCACUCAAUCAUUUAGCACCCCAGCAACGUCACAAAAACGUAAACAUUCAACGGGAGAUUACCACAAUGAUAGCCAAGAUGAAUUGCCUUCAAUUCGUACCUGUGCUGAGGCCCGUAAAUAUUUGAAGUUAAUCGAGGAUUUUGCUUUGGAACGUGAAAACUUCCGUUUAAUCGGUUUAAUAACACGUGCCGAUGAAGUCUUAAGGGAAUUAGAUCGCAAGGAGGCCAAUGGAAGUGUACAGGAUAACGAGGAUGAUGUUGACAUUGAUUAAAGAAAUCCUGGAUGGAUUAAGAUAGAGAAAAUCCAGACAUCCCAGUCAAAUUUAAAAUUUGAUUUUGUGUCUGGCUUUGGAAUGUGUGCUUUCUAGAAUAGCCUUUAGUGGGCUAUGCAAUCCGUUUUUAUAAUGCGAUAAUUCUCAAAACUACUAUGACCAUAAUUACUUAUAAAACUUUUUAAAUGGGAAAUUUCCAUAUGAUAUAGUAAGGCAGGGCCUUUCCACGACCAAUUAUAUUGAUAUUUUAUUGUUUAUAUGAAAAAAUUAGAGAAAUCAGUUCAAUAGCACAUAAUAUGCUCUAAACCAAAGCAUGUGUAUAUAAAUACAUUUACUAAUGUACUGAAUAAAUAUUUAGGAAAACUGUAUAUAGCUUAUUUUCCAUGAAAAUUAUUAAAAACUUUAAGUUUUUCUAUCCAAAACCAAAUGCAAUUAAUUGUAAAUUUGUACCAAAGAGUAUGUGAAUAAAUAUAUAACAACUUAUUU